AUGCUCUGCAUGAAAUCCCACCUUGUCUAUCUGUCUCUUUUCAUUUCCUGCCUCUUGAGCUGUCAAGAAAUGGAAACCCCUUCUGACUUCAAGAUGCCUGGGGAUCAUAUCAUUGCGGGACUGUUCCCCAUCCACUCUGUCUUAGAAGAAGUCAAAGGCAGACCUGAGGUGCCCCUGUGUGAGAGGUCCGAGGCAUUCAACGGCCACGGCUACCACCUCUUCCAGGCCAUGAGGUAUGCCAUAGAGGAGAUCAACAACUCCAGCUCUCUGCUUCCCAAUAUCACUCUGGGCUACGAACUCUACGAUGUGUGUUCAAAGUCUGCGAAUGUGUACGCCACACUGAGCAUUCUCUCCCAGCCCAGAAGCAAUCACGUCCAGAUUCCUGAGAACUUCUUCAGCUAUUACCCCAAGGCGGUGGCGGUGAUUGGGCCAAGCAGCUCUGAGAUGACCUCUGUAACUGCGACCCUGCUGAGCGCCCUGUUGAUCCCCCAGAUCAGCUAUGCGGCAAGCAGCAUGACAUUCAGCGAGAAGCAGCAGUACCCCUCGUUCCUGCGCAUGAUCCCCAGCGACAAGCUCCAGGUUCAGACGAUCGUGAUGCUGCUGAAGGAGUUCGGCUGGUCAUGGAUCUCGGUGAUUGGCAGCGAUAAUGACUACGGUUUGCAGGGGGUGCAGAUGCUGGAGGAGUUUAUUACUGAAGAGGACAUCUGCAUUGCCCACAAAGACGUUGUGCCCAUUUCAGCCCAAGCCCAUGACAGCGCGAUGCAGGACAUGAUACUGUCCCUCACAAAGUUUGGAGCUGAGGUGGUGGUCGUCUUCUGUACUAGAAAUCAGGCCCACAUCUUCUUUGAGGCAGUGUUGUUGGGGAACGUGACGGACAAAGUGUGGAUAGCCACGGAAGACUGGUCCAUCUCCAGUUACAUCACACAGGUACCUGGCAUUUCAAGGAUUGGGACAGUGAUUGGGGUGGCUAUCCCACAGAGAGAAAUCCUUGGGAUAAAGGAGUUCGAAAAGGCCUAUACCCAGGCUAAGAAGACUUCGGAGCCAUCAGCUGAACCUGCCCAGGAUGGUCACCAUCAGAUCUGCAAUCAGCACCUGUCUUUUACAACAGAUAUCGAUACUGAGAUGAGUACCUUUUCCAUGAAUUCAGCCUACAAUGCGUAUGCUGCUGUGUAUGCUGUGGCCCACGGGCUGCACCAGCUCUUGGGCUGCCCUUCAGGAGUCUGCACCAAAGGGAAGAUCUAUCCUUGGCAGCUGCUGGAGGAGGUCAAGAAGGUGGAUUUCAUGCUACAUGGAAACCCUGUGUCCUUCAAUGAAAAUGGAGAUCCGCUCAGUGGAUAUGAUAUUAUUGCAUGGGACUGGAAUGGCCCUAACUGGACCUUCAAAAUCAUUGGAGCUUCUACAUGGUUCCCAGUUCACAUGGAAAUAGAUGGGACUAAAAUCCGCUGGCACAGAGGAAAAAAACAGGUGCCUCGGUCAGUGUGCUCUGAGGAGUGUCCAGCCGGAGAGGCACGGAGUGUUGUGGGACUGCACCACUGCUGCUUUGAAUGUGUGCCCUGUCCAGCUGGGACCUUUGUCAACAGCAGUGACCAGUACGUCUGCCAUCGGUGUAAGAAAGAAGAAUGGUCCCCAGUGGGCAGCCAGAUGUGCUUCAACCGCACCACUCAGUUCCUCGCCUGGCACCAUCCAGUCUCCUUGGUGCUCAUGGGUGCUAACACACUGCUGCUACUCCUGUUGGCAGGGGUGGCCAGCCUGUUUGCCCAGCACCUGAAUACCCCUGUGGUGAGAUCAGCCGGAGGCAGGAUGUGCUUCCUGAUGCUGGGCUCACUGGCAGGUGCUGGCUGCAGCCCCUACUGCUUCUUUGGGGAGCCAACGCCACUCACCUGCCUGCUGCGGCAGUCUCUCUUUGCCCUGGGCUUUGCCAUCUUCCUAUCUUGCUUAACCAUCCGCUCCUUCCAGCUGGUCGUCAUCUUCAAGUUGUCGGCCAAGAUGCCCACCCUCUACCGUUCCUGGGUGCAGAACCAUGGGCCCAAGAUCUUUGUGGUGAUGAGCUCCACUAUCCAGCUUCUUAUAUGUAUCACAUGGCUGGUGGCUUGGACCCCGAAGCCCACCAAGGAGUAUAAGCGUUUCCCAGAGCUGGUGGUGCUGGAGUGUUCCAAGGGUGCCUCUCCGGGUUAUCUGCUGAGCAUUCUCUACACCUGGCUCCUCUCAGUCAGCUGUUUUGCCUGUAGCUAUGUGGGCAAGGAUCUGCCUGAGAACUACAACGAGGCCAAAUGCAUCACCUUCAGCCUCCUCCUGUACUUUAUUUCCUGGAUUGGCCUCGCCACCGCUUCCACUGUCUACUAUGGCAAAUACCUGCCAGCCAUCAACGCACUGGUCAUCCUGAGCAGCCUCGGUGGCGUUUUCAGUGGCUACUUCCUCCCAAAGUGCUACGUCAUCCUCUGCCGCCCAGACCUCAACACCACUGAGUAUUUCCAGGCCUCUAUCCAAGACUACACACAGCGCUGCAGCUCCCCCUGA